CCCCUCUCCCAGUCUCAGAUUUCUUCUUUGUUCCCCCAAUUUCUCAAAAUCCCCCAUAUAUCUACAUGGGCGAUGCCAAAGCGACGUCGUAUUACCUCCCUCCCGGCUGCCGAUUCUACCCCUCCGAGGAGCAGCUCCUCUGCUACUACCUCUCCCACAAGAACGGCGCCGGCCAGGCCAGCUCCGGGAACGGUGGAUAUGAUUUGAUCAAGGAGCUCGACUUGUACGACCACGACCCCUUUGAUUUGCCCGACUAUGCCUGCUACUCGUACGGCCACGGCGGACGGAGGCGGCACUGGUACUGCUACACGGUUAGGGUUGUGAAGGAGCGACGGGCCAAGAGCGGGUAUUGGAGGAGGAAAGGAAGGGUUAGGGACGUCGUGGGCCGCGGAGGGAAUGCCGUGUUGGGCCGGAGGAGUAGCUAUGAGUUUUAUUUGGGGAGUUCGCCCAAGACGGCGGUGAGGACUGACUGGGUGCUCUAUCAGUAUGCUCGGGUUGAUCACGUUCAGGUAAUUGUUCGCAUUUCAAUCUUGAUUAUUCUGUUAUUAGGUUUCGAAAUUGGGAAUUUUGUUUGAUUUC